GUUGGGCCUGUUCGUUACUAUCCAGAGGCCAAAAGGUAACAAACAGGUGGAACGGGCCAAGGCAGACAAACAGACGAAAAAGGCGAGAAAGGCCUGGUCUGGGUACCUGCCACUGUCGGGCUGCCAGGUCCCCGCCUUCCCGCCCCAAUUGCCCCACUACGUCUUCAGCUAGGGAGCUAGUAGGUCCCAUUCAGGCGGUUGCAACAACGUUCAUAAGGCAACAUCGAUAACUACACUUAAACAAAGAUACCAUCGAUCCUAUAUUUGGCACGUCUUGGUCGCGAAUCAACCACGCACAUUGAUUGCGUCAACGUCCCGUUGCACCGCCAAUACGUCUCCUCUCCGGAUUCCGGUUGGCCUACAGAAGCGCGCUGGUACCUCUACGCCUCAAGAAACGUGGACCUGAGCCUUCCUUGGGGGCCCUUCGUUAGACCUGUUCUUCCAUUCGGCAACUGCCUUCGGGACGUUUUGCGACCGCCCGAUUUUCCAACAUCCUUCGCAACGGCGAUGCCGUCUGUGCGCGUAGAGCUGUAGGGUACAGGCCGAUCCACAGCAUCUGCUGAGAUCCUGUUCUUGACCGGACACUCCCGUCUACCUAGGCCGCCCUUGGAGAGCGAAAGUCCGCUACGCCCUUUUGAAAAGUGCACACAGACAUUCCGUGAUGUGUAUACGUCUUACUUCUUACGAUGCUGCGCAACAGAUCAGCCGCUUCAGUUUUGCAAAAGACAUAUGAUGAAAGCUACCUGACAUGCUCCACUGCUGUCUAUUACGAAGGCCAGGGCAAUGAGGAUGAGGCUAUGCGAUGCUGGAAACAGGCACUCGAGCAAAUCUAUGACCAGCAAGCAAACAAAAUCUUGCCAGCCUUCACCCCACGUUCCGAGACGGAGAAGGCGCUGGUGGACAGUCUUCGGCAACUCGAGGUACAGUGCAAGGAACGAAUUGAUCUUCUAGAGGCCCUGCGUCUUUCGCGCCUCGAAUCUCUCGAGCAUGACGCUACACCAUCCGCGUCACGUUUGUCACCGUUGCCGAACCUUUUAGAACCCCCCAAGGGCUGGAUAGGUGACGGAACAAUCCCAGCCGUAACCUAUACAGACCUUUCCCGACCAACUCCCGCCAAGCGACCCUUUGUAGGGUCUAGGUCCAUCUCAGAACAUACCAUGCCUACACCUGGGCCUUCUGCCGAGGUGCGUACGCCAGGCGGGGAGUUUCCCUUUGCAUGCACACGACCAGUGUUACCGUCACCACCGUCGGCGUCAAGGCCUUCGCUCGAGGAGGGAACAUCGUCAGGGACACGCAGCCCCGAGAAGCAUACCAUGCGCACAACCCUGCGGACCGGACGUUUGGGAGACAAGAGAACUAGCCAUCGCCAGACACCUCCAACCUCGGUUUCAGAACGCCCUGGUGCCAGUAAGGCAGCCUCGCUUGCCUGGAGCUAUCUUGGGAAAAGAGAAAGAUCGAGUCCGUCAGGGAGUGCCAGCGGUAAUAGUGGGGGAAUUGGCACCACUGAUCAGACGAGUUCGGUACCGCCCGCAACCUCUCCCUACUUAGUGGAAAGGCGACGUCAAAGUCCAGCGUUGGCAGGCCGGCAGCAGCAAUGGGACACGCAUACCAGGCGACUGGUCAUGGGUCGUCCUCGGAGCCAAUCCAAACCGCCUCAUGCACGGCCUACUCCGGAAUCAUCGGCACCCCGCCGUUCUGAUGAGCAUACACACACUCGCCAAUCCUCCUUCACCAUCAGCGCUGCUGCCGCAUCAAGUGCACUCAACGCAUUGACUUUGAGGGAUAACAACGAGCGCUCGCCGUUGGAAGGGGGGGAAGGACUUCGGCUAAGAACAGCUCCGCUACAGACACCAAGGAGGAGGCCUCUGCCUGCGACGGGGAACACAGAUGAGGAAGACACUGCAUACUCUGCGAAAGGAAGCGCAACAACGACCAGAAAAUCGAACAGAAAGAUGUCCGAUCCAACGCUGGCCCAACGGAAGCCCAUCAGCCGAACUUCUUACCUAACAAGCACGGCAAGGCCUGCGUCGGGCAGAUCGGCAACGACACAGGAUGUUGAUACACCUCGGAUGAGCGCUAAGGCAAGGGGCAAAAAGCUUGAACAAGUCCCAAUUUCGUCAAGUUCUGAGGAUUCUGAAUAUGGAACUCCCCGACGGCCGACAACAAGACAGCACCUAAGACAGAUACUGAAGCAGAGGGAUGUUUCCCUGGUUGCCGAUACACCGGCCCACAACUCCGAAAGUCAAGAAUCUGAAGGCAACGAUGGGGCGGCUCAACAAAGGUCAGAAGCUGCCAAGUGGAACAAGCAAAAGGCAAAGAUAUUGCGCCGUCUUCCUCCAGGGGUUGAUGAACAUGCUGCAAAACAGAUUCUAAACGAAAUCGUCGUUCAGGGUGAUGAAGUUCACUGGAAUGACAUAGCCGGCCUCGAGGUAGCCAAAAAUGCACUUCGGGAGACCGUAGUUUAUCCUUUUCUCCGACCGGACCUAUUUAGGGGUCUUCGCGAGCCGGCCAGAGGCAUGCUGCUUUUUGGGCCACCGGGAACAGGAAAGACUAUGUUGGCGCGCGCAGUGGCCACGGAGUCCAAAUCUACCUUCUUCUCCAUCUCUGCUAGUAGUCUGACAAGUAAGUACCUCGGCGAAUCAGAGAAACUUGUUAGGGCACUGUUUACGCUGGCAAAGGUAUUGUCGCCGAGCAUCAUUUUUGUUGAUGAGAUUGACUCGCUGCUGUCGCAGAGAUCUGGCUCUGGGGAACACGAGGCCACGAUGAGGAUUAAGACGGAGUUCCUCAUUCAAUGGAGUGAUCUUCAGAGAGCUGCUGCCGGCAAAGAACCUGCAGCAACAGGAACAAAGGAAAACGGCACCGAUGAUGAUGUGAACAGAGUCUUGGUGCUUGCCGCCACGAAUCUCCCGUGGGCUAUCGACGAGGCUGCAAGACGACGAUUCGUGAGGAGACAGUAUAUCCCACUUCCCGAAGCUGAUACAAGAGCAAUUCAGUUCAAAACGCUCCUCAGUCAGCAAAAGCAUACACUGACCAACGAGGAUAUCAAUGAGCUUGUGGAUAUGACCGAUGGAUUUUCCGGAUCCGAUAUCACAGCGUUAGCUAAAGAUGCGGCCAUGGGUCCUUUGCGGUCUUUAGGUGAAGCGUUACUACAAACGACCAUGGACCAAAUACGCCCAAUAGAGCUAAAGGAUUUCGUCACCAGUCUGGCUACCAUUCGGCCUAGCGUUAGCAAGGCAAACCUGAAGUUUUAUGAAGAUUGGGCAAGAGAUUUCGGAGAAAGAGGCGGUUAGUGAGGGAGUAGGCCACGAGGCGACGAAUCAGAGUAAGGUACUCAGGCUGUCAGGGAAUGGGUAAUGUCUGGGUCUGGCAAGCCUGUAGAAACCACUUCGAAGAAGGGUAUUGCUCGGUGACACAAAUCAAAGAGUGUGACAGGCAUCACAACUAUAGGUAUCUAUAAGCUGUCAGGGCAAGGAGCGGGCAGAGCGGAAAUAGUAACGGUGCGCAUUCGGAAAGCACCCAUAUGGGGCAGCAAAGAGGGCGGAGGUGAUCGCAGUCCAUCACACAGCAAUCCAAGUAGAAUUCCGCUUUGCUGGCCAAAUAAAUCGUUCAGCGCGGAUUGAAGCUGGUUCGCACACUGCUGUCCACGUGUCAAUUGGUAUAAUCAC